GGGCUCUGACGAGGGAGAGAGAAGGAGAGAGGGGGGUUUAAAACGUCAGCGCGUGUGGGAGCCCUGCUGCCAGUCUGCAUGCACUGAUAUGCGCGACGCUCGAGGAGUUUGCGCUCCGGUCAGCCUCGCGCACUGGGAUCCUAACCGUCACCAGCACAUAAAAGCGCGGAUAACGGAGAUGAUUCCCCUCAUACAGCAGCACGAAACGGAGCAAAGUGUACGCAGAUGGCAGCGAAGAAGUGUCCUGUCAGUUUCCACACACCUCUGGAUGUGACGCGCUCCAAGUAGCGGGAGUUUACCGUGACAGACCGCAGGUGGGAUUCCCAUCAGAGGAGAGCUCGGGCUUGACUUUUUGUCGGACAUGGGACCGGGUCUCGGCUGUUUUGGAUACGGUACCGGAGGAACCGCGUCUUCUUGAACGGAGAGCUGUCGACAGCGGGACACCGACGAGAUGCGCUCCGACCACGGCUUCAUCCUGCUGCUCCUCAACGGGACAGCGUGCUUGCUGGCUCUAGGACAGGAAGAUACCCACUCGUCAUCUUCUUCCUUCCCCUCGUCUACGUCUAAGUCCUCCUCCUCAGCAGACUCCUCCAAAACUCUGGGGGUUCUGGGAUCUCAGGGUUCGAUUUCACCCCUGAGUCGCUGGGUGAUGCACAGCCGCGGCCGAGCAGCCAACACUUCCACAAUGGAGCUGCCCUAUCGUUCGCCGGUGCCCUUUUCCAAACAGGAAUUUUGGGAGAUGCUGGGCAGCGAUCUUCUCAAGUCAGACACGGACGCAUCGGGGAACUCACGCGUCAAGCGGCGCCCACCCAUUGUCAAAACUGGCAAAUUUAAGAAGAUGUUCGGCUGGGGCGACUUCUACUCCAACAUCAAGACGGUGCGCCUCAACCUGCUCAUCACGGGUAAGAUUGUGGAUCAUGGAAAUGGCACCUUCAGCGUCUACUUUCGUCACAAUUCCACCGGACAGGGGAACAUCUCAGUCAGCCUGGUACCUCCCGUGAAGGCUGUGGAGUUCGACUUGGAGCGCCAGAGCGUGGUCUACCCUAAAGACUCGAAGAUCUUCAACUGUCGUGUAGACUACGAGAAGGUGGACCGCAGCAAACGCACCUCACUCUGCAACUAUGACCCCUCCAAGACCUGCUUCCAGGAGCAGACACAAAGCCACGUAUCCUGGAUCUGCUCCAAACCAUUUAAGGUCAUUUGUAUCUACAUUUCCUUCUACAGCACAGACUACCGACUGGUGCAGAAGGUCUGUCCAGACUAUAACUACCACAAUGAGAUGCCCUACCUACCCUCAGGCUAGAGCUUCGUGGAGCAAUGGUCUGGGGCAAGGAGGGUUGGUUGGGGGAAUGGAGUUGGUACAAAGAAACAGUUCUGUUACGGAUGUGAAGAUGAAUGCACAAUGCUAAAAAGGGAGGGUUUUUUUUAAAGGACGCUGAAGUUCUUAUCUAAAGACUCUUCAGAAACUUAUCAAUGAGCUGAUAUGGAACACCUCCUCAUGACCUGAACAUCACAGGUGGUUCUGUAAAAGGUGAAUGUACAGUAUUCGAUGUGCUGCAGUUGAUGUCUCGAAGAACCUCUUAAGCAACCUGGCAAAUGUGACCUGCAAAAACACAUAUAUGCAAAACCAAACGGUCAGGCCCAGGUGCUCAGGGUGGAAGUGUCUGCUACAUAAGUCAGAGUCCCUGAUUGGCUGCGCUCAUCAGUGCCCAGUGCUACGGUCUUCUAAUGAACACAUAGUAACAAGGAAACAUGCUGGUCACCACAAGCUACUAUGCAGAGGUGGAAGACAUUGCUGAUUUGGUGACACUCUUAAAAAUAACGGUUCUUUUUUAGCUUUAAUAACGUUUCCAUUGCACAAAAGGUGGAAAAGGGUUCUUUAAAUUAUUAAGGUUCUUUGGGGAACCAAAAACUGUGGAUCUAUGGCAUCUCUAAAGCCAUCCCCUUUUAACCUUUACAUUUAAGAAUGUACUUUGUUUUUCCACACACAGCUAACACCUAACACAAAAAUUAGCACAGCAUGACGCUGACACCUUUUUCCACCUCUGUAUAAUAAAUACAAAAGAAGACUAAAAAGAAAGCCAGUCAUAAAUGCAGAAUGCUAAAUUACCAGAUUUCCCAAAAAGAUAAAAGCCUCCUCCUCCCUAAUAUCAGUGAGAAAGACCGAAAGCAGGAUAGAAAGCACUUUAAAAAAAAAAAAAAAAACAGCACCGAAAAAGAGAUGUUGAGUCUGCAUUGAGCCCAAUCUCUCUAUUGUUCUGACUGUUAGGGAAGAGCAGAAAAGACGUUUUGUUUGGUCAGGAUUCCUGACUUUGUGCUGUGAUAACCGUUCUGCUGAAUGCACGGUUGCUUCGCCCUUGUCUGAACAAUCCCUCGCAGUCAGCCGGUUUAUCGGUGAGAAAAAACUAGAAAUAUUAUUAUGUUAAUUUUGCAUAAUUUAUCACACUGCACUAGGAGAGCUUGCAUUACAUUAUUAGAUUUACCUGGACGAGGCCUUCUCUGGAUGUAAAAUUACCACAUUAGAUGAACGGCAUGCAAGCCGACCUUCAAGGAACACACUGUUUAUUGAUAAUAGUUGUGAAGGAAAAUCAGUUACAUAAAAUUCAAGUGGAUUUAGACAAAACAUGGGCAGACCUUUUAUGUUACCAGCCAAAAACAGGCCAGGUGAACUUAAGUCGUCAGGGGAGGAAAGACAGAGAGGAAAGAUGGAAAGUAAAAGACAGCAGUAGGAGUUAUGACGUCUGCAGUGACAAGCAGGUUUACAGAGUGAAGAGCAAUACGAAUGAGGGUAUGAAAGGGGAAAAAGGUGAUGCACAACAUGAGAAAAUGAACAGGAGAUGAGAAAGAGACAGAAUGAAUAUAGGGAAAUGGAAGAGGAGAGAAUCACAGAAAAAAAGACUGAAAAACAAACUCAGGAUGCUAAAUAGAGUAACAUAAAAGCACAAUAUGGAACAUCAAAGUGUCGUCUCACCGAGAGAGUUGGAAGGAAGAAGCUUUUUAUGAGCCCACGAAGGAAAAAAAAGCCUCAUUGCCUGAAGUUAAAUUCAGUACGGUGAAUACACCCCUGUGGGUUUCGACGCAAUUUAGAGUGUAACGAAGACGGAAAUAUCCUGCUAGAUAGAUCAGUUUAUCCAUGUUCUUAAAAGACAGUAUUUAUCUCCCUCUAAUCUGAAAUGUAUUGUUUUACUUACAGGCAAAGCUGCAAAACACUUUGACAACAGCCCGUGCAUCACUGUCAUUGUGUGUAGGGUCCUUAAGCUAAUGAAAAGUGCUUAGGGUCCAAAAAAAAUAUCACCAGCAGCUCAUUUGGAAACCUGUAGCAUCAUAUAUAGGCUUUAAAAAAAAAAGCAAAAACAAAUCACAAACAUACACAACGUUGAACAAAAAUGAUCACAGAUAAAGGUACAUUUUUGAAGAGUUAUUAUCGCCAUACAGCUUGGAAGAUGGUUUGAUUUUAUCACUUACAUUUACAAUUCAUACAAUCCCACUUAAACAUGUUGUGAUUCGAAGGUGGAAGAAGAGUCACCUGUGACUGCUCAAACAGGUCUGUGUCUGAUCUGUGUAAAUGAACGUUUGAUCCAGACUGUGUUGCUUUGAUCCGUCUCUGUUGCUUCCUAAACUGCGUUGAAAUGUUUGGCCAGUCUGGUCAUAUCAAAUUUGCCUCAGUCUAAUUCUCAGAACAGACACGUGAAAAUAAAACACCUCUGUCAGUGCUCCAGGCUUUGCCCGGUGCUGCAUGUCUGGUCUGCCCUGCUGGUGAACUGAGCGUCGGGGCUCACAGCUCUCUGCUCUUUUCUCCCUCAGGCGCUGGUCUGGACUGAGCUUCCUAAUCUCCUGCAGCUUAACUACACUACCGCCUGCUCGCUCGCUCUCUCUCUCUCUCUCUCUCACACACACACAGAGCCUGUCACAUAAUGGCAUAAUUGCAGGAAUCUAUUGGUUCUAUUUCGUUCUUUCUUUUUUAGUGUUUCAACAUUUUGUUGAUGUCACUUAUUUUUGUUCAUUCUAUUAGUCUUUCAUUUGUUCAACUUCAUUGCAUUUGUUCCAUUCGUUAGUUAAUUCUUUGAUUCAUUCUUUUCUUUUUGUUUGCUUUUUGACAUUUACUCCUUCUCCUUCCCCCUUUAUUUGUUCAUUCACUUUCUUUUUCAUUUGUUCUUUAUCUUGUUUGUAUUCUUUGUUCAGUUACUUCGUUUUUUGUUCAAUCUUCUUUCAUUUUUCACUUUCUUCUUUUCCUUCCUCUCUCUCCCUCUAUCCUCUCUAUUUUUGCUCAUUCUUUAAAUUUCAUUUGUUCACUUCCUUUAAUUUCUAUGCUUCUUUGUUCAUUUAUUCUUCCUUGUAUCCUUUUCGCACUUUCCUCUAACACAAUCAUUUUUAUUCAUUGUUUCUCUUUUGUUCAGUCUGUCCUGUCCUUUAAUAUGUUCGCUGUUUUCAUUCAUUUUCUUUCGACCUUGCAUCCCUUUCGCAGUUUCUUCUUAGACAAACUUUUUAUAGUUACUGUUGUUUUUCUAUUGGUUUUGUUGACUUGCUUUAAUCAGUUCGAUUCCUUCGAUCCAUCCUUUUUUCACUUUCUUUUGUUAAAUCUCCCUUUCGUUUGUCUUGCUGUAAUUUUCUUUCUAUCUAACAUCUAAAUCUUUAUAAUGUUUCUUUUUUUAUAUUUAAUUUGUUCUUUUGUUUGUUCAUUUACUUCCAUUUGUAUGGUUCUUUUUUAUUUAUUUUUCCAUGCGUCAUUUUCGCACUUUCUUCCAAAUGAAUUGUUUUCAUUCGUUGUUUCUCUUGUUCAUUCUUUUUGUUUGUUUGUUCACCUACUUUAAUUUGUCUUUCUUUCAAUAGAUUCUUUUCCUUGCUUCCCUUUUGCGCUUUCUUCUUGCAUAAUCUUUACUCCAUUCAAUCUUUCUUUCUUCCAUUCUCUCUUUUUCAAGUUCAAGUUCUUCCAUUCACUCUUUCUUCCUUCCUUCCUUCCUUCCCACUCACUUUCUCUCGCUCUCUUUCUGUCUGAUCCUCAAGAAACAUCUUCAGCAAUCCCCCAGUGGUUCCCUUUCGCUCUUCUCAUGGUCACAGGAUGUUUUGGAGCCCUCCUUUAAUGCUGCUCUCACACUUAACUAACAACAGAACAUUAAGUGUUCCCCUGGUGAUUUCGUACGAGAGUUUGCUGACUAUAGUGUGUCUAUAUUAAACCGCCGAACAUGAGCACAAGUGGGCUGCACUAAAACGUACAGUUUAGAAAUCAAUCCUAAUUUGCUUCUAAUUGCUUUCAGGUAGUAGUAGCACUCUUACUGGCUGCAAAUCUGUUUAUACCCGUACACAACGCAUUCCCUUACAGGAACAGAUACCGUUAUAUCCAGGGGAAAUGUCUCCAAAACAACUCCGAAUCUCCCUCUGACUGCAGAAGAGGGAUAAGGAGACUACACUGUCACGCACUGCUGGGCGUUGCCAAGGCAAGGAUAAAAGUUGAAGUGGAGGAACUCUUCAGUUGUCAUAGCGACAGGCUCUUUGGCUGGCCUGCCGGACUUGGACGGAGCAUCGGACACCUGGUCAAUCCGGAGGACCAGAACUGAGCUAGCGGCCUCCGUAAGCAACAAAUUGUACAAUGAAACGUGGCACUGAACAGACAUAUACUGCACAUAAAUAUAUAAAUAAAUGAAUAUUUAUAAAUAUAUAUAUGAAAAUAUAUAUAUAUGAGAAUACAGAUAUAUACAAUAAUCCAACUCCCGGGAACUGGAUGAAGCUGUAUUACAUGUCAGACAUACAGUGGACUCUUCUCUGGUUCAUUUAAGGUUUACCGUUUGUUUCUCUAUUUUUACAUUGUUUAUUUUAUGUGUGUGUCAUAUUGAUAUAGUGUAUGGAUGACAAUGGUGGCAUUUAUUGUGGUUUUCUGACAUCUGACAAAAAAAAAAAAAAACUGAAUAAAUUAGAAGGAAAGCACUGAGUUUGGCUCCCGAGCUCAGAGGGCUAAAGUGA